AUGCCUUCGGACCAUCCACAGACCCCCGAAAGUCCUACUCAUACCUCCUCCGUUGCCACCGAUCCACACACAAAAGCCAGCACGUCACCCCAGUUUACGAACUCGCUCCCUACACCUGCACAUAGCAUCAACGGAAGCAUGUCAUCUCUCGCCUCGGAGAUUGUGCCAGAAGGCGCACUGCAUGUAGAAUCAUCCAACAAGCGCAAACGGGACCCAGAAGACCACGGAAAUCGAGAACAGAAGAAAGUUCAUGUCGAGGACAGCAGACUGAGUAUUGAAGACCUCCACUUGGACGUUGGUGAAAAAUACCUCCUCUGCAGAACUCCCCACCCUGGUCAACGGCCUCAGCUUUCUCAAGAUCUAUUUGGGCUUUACGGGCUAGAUAGCAUUGCACAAUCAGUCGCACGAACGAACCCUGAUGGAAGCAAGAAUCCUCUGCGGAAAACGUACAAGAAAUAUAUCAAGACUCUUGGUUUGAGUGGUGCAUUUGACGUGGGCAAGAAAGAUGUGGAUGCUCCGGACACGCUCUUCGCGCUGCUGUCCCAGCCGGAUGAAGAAUGGGAGGCACAGAAUGCUCGGGGCCAGGAGAUUAGCUCUGGCCUCCCAGAGGCUGUUAAAGCCAGUAUGGGUGCUGCGCUCAAGAUGUCAAGAGGAAAGAUAUCAAAGAGCUCGUGGGAUGACUCUGUCUUGGGCGAAAUUGCGACCCGCCCACCCCCUGAGCCGGCGAAAGUAAUACACAACGCAGCAAGGAACCCGGUUUCCCAGAAUGUUGGGAUGGCGCGGCCAGCCAAAGGUGAUAUUCCACGUCCCAAGCGAAAUGUCAAGAAGCGUUCAUACGGUGAUUCAAGCUUUGAGGGAUAUGGCGAGGGCUUUGUUGAUGAUGAUAACCAAGAUACGGGGUAUUCUACUGGCGAGGGUGAUGAUCGAUCCGGCCGGAAGCGGCCAAAGAAGAGCGCUCCCGGCCACAGCUUUCAAGGUCCUGUGCGGCAGACCAGCUACGGCCCUGGUAUGGUUGGAGUUUGA